UGUCUGUCACAAUGCCUAAACGAUGGUAUCGGUCGAGGAGGAAUCAAAUUGUCAUUAUAAUUUUCAUAGCCGCCUCUAUAGUAUACCACAUGAGUCUCUCUUAUGGUUUCCAAAGGGAGGAGAAGCUGGACAUUACGAGACGGCAGCCUGUUAUUGAGUAUAUGGAUAGACAAUUAGAACAAUCUCUGAAACUGGACAAGGGUUCCGGAUGUGAGAUACCCAGGUUAGAUCCAUUCGCGAAAGAAGUCACGCAGUUUGAUAAGGAUAUACCCAAGGUUAUGUGUUUGGGAACGGAUUGGGUUAAAUGUUACCAAACCAAAUGUAGGGUAGUUCCUAAAAUAUUAAAUACCACCGAUAACAUAGUGUGUUCAUAUCAAGACAUAAUAUAUGAGAGUGACCAAAAAUAUACAAUAGGACCUCCUGUAGAGGUCAGAGGGGAUAACGAAUAUGUUCUCACUAAGAGCGAUCACGUGAAGAUUAAGUGUUCGGGAAAACAUAGAGACAGCAUACUCCCCUCCAAAUGGAUCGGCCACUCUCUUGGCUUGCGUUCUACUGGCCAUGCAAAACUCUCCACGCAGGGAAGAGGUAAUUCCUUGAACGUUCUCAUCCUGGGAUUCGACUCUACCGCCAAAAACGGAUUCAUACGAAGAAUGCCGAAGAGCUAUAAAGUUUUAAAGGAAAUAUUGGGAGCUACGAUUUUGAAUGGGUACAAUAUAGUAGGCGAUGGCACGCCGGCUGCCUUGUUCCCGAUCCUGACGGGGAAGACAGAGCUGGAGCUGCCGGACGUGAGGAAGAAGAUGAAGAACAACAGAACUUUGGACUCCAUGCCCUUCAUAUUCUAUAAGUUGAAAGAUGAGGGUUACCGAACAGCAUUCUUUGAAGACAUGCCCUGGAUAGGUACAUUUCAGUACAGAUUCAAUGGUUUCAAAAAGCAACCUGCGGAUCAUUACUUGCUGUCGUUUUACAUGGAGGAGUCGAACGGUGGCAAGAAGUGGUGGACGAGCAGCCAGAACAAAUACUGCGUGGGAGACACGCCGCAGUAUAGACUGAUGUUGGAUAUUACGGAUCAGUUUCUCCGUCUGGAUGGAAAACGUUUUGCUUUCACGUUUAUAGUUGACAUAUCCCAUGAUGAUUUCAACAUGAUAUCCAUCGCUGAUGAUGAUACCGCAGAUUAUCUUAGAAGGUUCCACGACCGCUAUAGAGAGGACACCUUGUUGAUUGUCAUGGGGGACCAUGGACCAAGGUACGCAAAUGUUCGAGAUACUCUUCAAGGGAAAUUCGAAGAGAGAUUACCGCUCAUGGCGAUCAGACUACCAGACAAAUUGACGAAGACCAGAACAGAGGCGGAGAAGAAUCUGAAGAACAACGCGGAAGUGUUGACGACACCUCACGACAUAUACGCCACGGUCUUAGAUGUAUUGGACCUGACUCAGUUCACUAACCCCUACAAAGUUAAAGGAGCCGACCUAACCAGAGGACUUAGUCUUUUGAAACCGAUACCAAAGAACAGGUCGUGUAGCGAGGCCGGUGUGGAGGCUCAUUGGUGUUCCUGUCUGUCCUGGCAGAACGUGUCGGACGAUGACGUCAUGUUCAGUAGGACGGCCGAAGCGCUGGUCGACUUUAUCAAUCAUCUCACUGAGGAGAGGCGGUCGGUAUGCGCGGUGCGCACGCUCAAGUCGGUGUCGUGGGUGAUGCGAGCGCGGCCCAACAGCGGUGUACUGACCUUCGUCGAGGCUCGCGAUCAAGACGGAUAUGUCGGCAAGUUUGGUAACAGAGUGAAACAGACCAGGGAAAACUACCAGCUCAAGAUCGCAGUAGGACCUGGUCUCGGUAAAUACGAAGCAUUAGUGACUUAUUUCAUCAACGAGAACAGGUUUGAGAUAAAUUCAAGAGAUAUAUCAAGGACCAACGCUUACAACAACGAGCCGAGCUGCAUCAGCGACACUCACCCGCACCUCAACAUGUACUGCUACUGUCGUCACUAGACUUCUUCAACAAAAUAUUGUGUUGCGAUGUUUCAAAACCGUUCAAUAUAUGAUAACCUAAUACUGCAUCAAUGAGUAACGUGAUUCUGCAGGCGACUCUAAGAUAAUGCCCUGCUGUGAUUGUUAAUAUGUAUCCCCUGUCUUGUACAACUUAUAUAAUAUUGUAUAAUUGGCACAAAGUAUUGUUUUUGUGACAAUGUAGAUGAUAUUGUUACUAAGUAUGUAUUUAGUGCAUGUUUCAAGCGAGCACCCGUGCUAGUGUACCUGAGUGACCCGUGGCUAAAGUAUUAUCGGUAUAUGUCACUGUCUCUCUUAUUUAUUUUUAUCAAUAUAAUAACUCGGUAAGGUAAUAAA